GCUAAAUUAGUUUGUGACAUGAAAUGUUCAAAGGUUUACAGGAGGGGCAUUGAAGACAGUGUUAGACAUGACAAGUUCAGUUAAUUUAAACACAGCUUGUGAGUGAAAAAUAAAUGGAACAUCUUAAAAUUUGAGUGAGCACCAUAUGCUUAACGGCAGGUUCUAAACUUAAACACAUACUAUUAAACUACAUUAACUAAAGGGUUUUUAAUAUAAACUGUUGAACUGCCGAUUAUAAAUAUUUAUGGUUUCGUUUAGUAAUGUGACCUGUUAUUGGUAACCAAUAAAACUAUGCAAAAAACAAUUUAUGUACCUUAAGACUCACCAUCGGCAGCAUAAGAGAAAACACUUGAUGUCACAGCAAAAUAACUAAUAGAGUGUAGGGAACAGUAGAGAGAUUAAUCAAUAAACAUGAUAUAGAAUUAAACAAUACAAGAGGUGUAUUAGAGAUAAGAUUAGUAACUGUCAUCACAAAUCUAUUGAGGACCUCAACCUACAUUAUAAUGGGAGGAUACGGAAGGCAAUGUGCAGCAGCGCUCGCAGGGUCAAUUGCAAUAUUCAGUACUGGUAUGGCUUACGGAUGGGUCUCGCCAGUACUAAACACAAUCACCGAUGAAAAUGGAGAAAUACGAGCUUCAAAAGAACAAUAUUCCUGGAUCGCUGCUGAUGUCGAGAUCGGGUUUUUUUCCACUCCGUUCCUCGCAAGUUAUCUAAUGGACACGUUCGGAAGAAAAAGACCAAUGUUGAUUACUGUUUUGCUGUCACUUGUUUCGUGGACUCUGACAAUCACCACAAGAUCGGUAAAUAUUCUUUAUUUGAAGAGGAUCCUGGACGGCAUGGUGGGAGGCGUGAUGUUGACAGUUACUCCAGUUUACUUGGCAGAGAUAGCAGAGGCCAGCAUCCGUGGAUCAGUGUUGCUAUCAAUCACUGUCACUUGGUUUGCCGGGACACUCGCACAGUUUUGUAUUGGAACUUAUCUGUCGUACAACGUCAGUGCAGCAGUCAACCUCAUUCCUCCUCUAGCUUACUGUGUUUUGUUUUCCUUUCUCCCAGAAUCACCUUAUUACCUAAUGAUGAAGAAGGAAGAUAAAAAGGCGGCCAAAUCACUUUCUUGGUUUCGUGACAUCCAAAUAGAUCAAGCGGCUAAAGAAUUGACAGAGAUCUCAGAUUAUCUAAAGCGAGAUGCAGAAAACAAAAAGUCGUGGUACGAUGUCAUGGUGAACCCUAUCUAUAGAAGGUGCUUGUUUGUGGUGCUAGUAAUAAGUUUAGCAGUGAAUCUGACUGGUGUAACAGCUGUAUUCGCAUAUGCUACAAAGAUUUUUGCUGGCACGUCAAAUGGCUUUUUAAAUCCUGACAUAUGUUCAGUCGUAAUCGCGUCUUUGUUUUUCGUAAUUUCUAUUCCUGUAUGUUUAUUAAUUGAUAAAAUCGGAAGACGCCCUUUACUAUUAAUAUCCACUACUGGAUGUUGCCUUUCAAGUUUGUUAUCUGCCGGUUACUUUUACUAUAAAGAUCAAAUAGUUUAUACUUGGAUCCCACUGGUAACAGUAGGUUUGUAUAGUGUUUUUGUGUCAGUAGGACUGAACCCUGUCACCAUAGCUUUUCAAGGGGAAUUAUUUCCGUCCAGUGUGAAAAGUGUCGCAUCCGGUAUGGUGCAAGUGUUUCUCACCAUCACAUCAUUCGUUGGUAUUAAAAUGUUUUAUUUAGUAGAAAGUUAUUUUGGACUGUACGUCAAUUAUAUUAUUUACGCUGUUGUAGGAUUUGUAGCAUCAAUAUUGCUAUACAUUUACGCCCCAGAGACUAAAAACAAAACUUUCAACCAACUGUUGGUAGAGUUGCAGGGAGUUAAAGUAAAAGAUGAACUGCAAGAAAUGGAGGAAUUAAAGAGUUUGAAUCAAGUAACUUAGAGAUAUGGUAAGGUAUAACCCAUAACCAUACCUAUAAUACAGGGCCAAGAUGAGACAAAAGUGGUAACACACCACUGUCCCAGCAAACCAAAACAACAGUUGCACUAAUUUUAAUUUACAAUACAGUAGAGCAUAUACACAGUGUUUUUGUUAUUGUAUACUGCUAUUACCAAACCUUUGCUGUUGCUAAAGACCAACACUGUGCCUUGUAUUAGAGGAGGCUAUGCCUUUAG